AUGGAGAUUGGCAUCAGCAUCAGCUCGGUGUACACGAAGCGGACGCUGAUGAAGGCGCAUCCGAACAUUAGCGUCCUGAGGCAUCCGGAUGCGGUCAGAGGAGGGCCGCUGCUCUGGUCGCAUCACGAGAAGUUGGUGGUCAUUGACCAGAAGUACGCUUUUGUGGGCGGCAUUGACCUGUGCUUUGGCCGCUGGGACAACUAUGAGCACCGGCUGACGGACCUGGGUGGCAUUGGCUACAAGAAUGCUGAUGACACCCUCGUCAUUCACAACUCCACCAAGCCGACCGGAUUGACUUAUCGCUCUGUUUCGCAGCCUAUUCUCACGCCACCCGCGGAAAGUCCUCUGAAGGUGGAAAAAUCGCUUGAUGGUCAUCUUCUAGUACCCGGCUCUAGUUCACCUGCUUCUCAGCCGAUGUUGUUUGCUCAGGGGGUGAAGAGCUCCAGCACGACGAGGCUCAUCACAGUGCAUACUCUCAAUACUACCGCUACUCCGGAGACAAAUCCAGAGGAGGAGGAAGAGGAGGAAGUGGAGGAUGAUCGAAUUGAGGAAGAGGAUGAGCAGGCCUUUGAGAAGUCAGGUGACUCAAAAGAUAAAGAUUUUCAGAAUCAAUCUCCACCACCUCAAACUCCUCAAACUCCACAGUCACUUCAAAACCCUCCCCAGCCUCCUUUAGAGCGCAAGUAUCGAACUCGUCUGGGUAUGGGCAACAUGCGCCACCGAAUCAGCACCAAGAUUCGCAACAAACGCAUUGCUGCCAUUUCCAAGUUCCGAAAAAUCAACCGUCGCCUUCGAGGGGCGGCCUCAGGCGUGAGCGGAGGGGUGGGCAGCCUGCGCAAAUCGAGCGACGCCGGUCUCGACAACAUUAGCUACAUCUCUAGCGACCUGAUUGAAAAUCACCCGGAUUUUUUCAAACAGCAGAUUCCUCGGUUGAGGGCGGCCAGAGGGAUGAAUGGGAUAAAAGGUGAUGUUUCAGGGGGUGACGAUGACGACGAUGAUGAACAUCAGGUGGUGGCCGAGCAGCUGGAGGGCGCGGCGAAGCUGUGGAUCGGCAAGGACUACACCAACUUUAUCGUCAAGGACUUUAGCCAGCUGGAGCAGCCUUUUCAGGAUGCGGUGGACCGGCACACCACGCCGCGCAUGCCCUGGCACGACGUCAGCUGUAUGGUGGUGGGCGCGGCCGCCAGGGACGUCGCCCGCCACUUUAUCCAGCGGUGGAACCAUGCAAAGUACAGCAAGGUCAAGUUCAACGACCGCUACCCGUGGCUGAUUCCGAAGAGCUAUGCGAACGUCGAGCAGACGCCGGUGCCCUCCUUUCUCCUGCGCACGCAUCCGGUCACCGUUCAGGUGCUGCGCUCCGUAUCGGCCUGGUCGGCGGGCGUCAAGCGGACAGAGGCGAGCAUCGUCGACGCGUACAUUGAGGCGAUCAGCAACGCCGACCACUACAUCUACAUUGAGAACCAGUUCUUUAUCAGCCAGACGAAGACCCAUACGGAAAGUGGCGUCGAUGUGGUGAAGAAUCGCAUUGCCGAGGCCCUAUACAGGCGCAUCAUUCGGGCGCACCGAAACGGCCAGACCUUUCGCGUGUACAUUCUCAUUCCGCUGUUGCCUGCUUUUGAGGGCGAGAUUGGAACGAGCAGCGGCUUUAACAUUCAGCAGAUUACCCACUACAACUACGCGACCAUCACCAAGGGGCCGCAUUCGCUGCUGGGGAAGCUGAGGGCGGAGAUUGACGAUCCCAGUCGGUACAUUGGCUUCUACAGUCUGCGUAGCUGGGGCGAACUGAAUGGCCGGCUGGUGACGGAGCUCACCUACAUUCAUAGUAAAAUCCUCAUUGCCGACGACCACCUGGCUAUCAUCGGCUCGGCGAACAUCAACGACCGCUCGAUGCUCGGCUCCCGCGACUCUGAGGUGGCGGUCAUCAUUGAGGACGAGGAGUUUGACACCAGCUACCUGAUGAAUGGGAAGCCGUACCGCUCGGGCCGUUUUGCCGGCUCCCUCCGACGGAUGCUGAUGCGAGAGCACCUGGGCAUUUACAACCAGGAGG